CUGGAGACAGAUAGCAGAGCUCAGCAGCCAUGAGGUCAGAGUGUCUGUGAGGUCGGCUGUAGUCUGGGGACAGCUCUGGGGUCCUGGAGCCCAGGGGUGACUUCAAGGCAGUCAGGAAUCCCUGAAGGUCCUGAGCCAUGGAGACCCGGGAGGGCCCACCCGCUGUGUCCUUGGUGCCCUCCCAUUCCCAGGCCCCUCAGGGACCGGCCUGUGUCUCCUCUGGGCAGGCAAAGAUGUCGGCCCAGGAGAGCUGCCUCAGCCUCAUCAAGUACUUCCUCUUCGUGUUCAACCUCUUCUUCUUUGCCCUGGGCUGUUUGAUUUUCUGCUUUGGCAUCUGGAUUCUCAUCGACAAGACCAGUUUUGUGUCCUUUGUGGGCUUGUCCUUCGUGCCCCUGCAGACCUGGUCCAAGAUCCUGGCCAUCUCAGGGGUUCUCACCAUGGGCCUUGCUCUCCUGGGUUGUGUGGGGGCCCUCAAGGAACUUCGCAGCCUCCUGGGUCUGUAUUUCGGAAUCCUGCUGCUCCUGUUUGCAACGCAGAUCACUGUGGGCGUCCUCAUUUCCACUCAGCGGGUCCGGCUGGAGCGAAGGGUGAAGGAGCUCGUGCUGAGCACCAUCCAAAACUAUGGCUCUGACCCAGAGGAGACAGCAGCGGAGGAGAGCUGGGACUACACUCAAUUCCAGCUGCGCUGCUGCGGCUGGCACUCUCCGCAGGACUGGCUCCAGGUCCUCAUCCUGAGAGGCAACAAAUCGGAGGCGGACCGCGUGCCCUGCUCCUGCUACAACUCGUCGACCACCAACGACUCCACAGUUUUUGAAAAGAUCUACUUCUCUCAGCCCGGUCAGCUUGGACUGCGGGCACGGCCAAGGCCCAGCGCCGACCUCUGCUCUGUGCCUGCAGAUAACCACAUCUACCGCGAGGGUUGCGCGAAGAGCCUCCAGAGGUGGCUGCACAACAACCUCAUCUCCAUAGUUGGCAUUUGUCUGGGGAUCGGUCUACUCGAGCUCGGCUUCAUGACACUCUCGAUAUUCAUGUGCAGAAACUUGGACUACGUCUAUGACCGACUUGCUCGAUACCGCUGAGCCCGCCUCUACCCCCUCAAGUGCCUUGGGUACCUCCCCAGGGACUGUAAAUAGUUUGUUUCAUCCGUAGUUUUGCCUGGGCUUUGAGCAAAACCUCACUCCCCUGGGGCCCCAGAUGUCUGCCUGCCCGGGCACAACCAUCUCCCCAAGGAACCUCAGGCUUCCUGCCCCACACAGAUCUGAUGGCCAACCACCUCCCACAAGAUUAUUUUUGGCCCAAACCUCAAAUAAAUCCCCUAUGUUUUGGUAAAAUAACUUUAUCCUCUGUCAGAACACAAACCAACACGCUUUGGGAAGGGAAAGGGAGGCAGCAGUCCAGUCUGGGGCUCACAUACAAGAAAAGGAGGUGGGGUUCAAGGGCCUCACCCCACUGGGAUAGUCACAACCCUAACACCCACAUAUAAAUAUCUCGUUAUAUUAAAAAAAA